UGGGAUCUGCAUCGCGGUUUCAGUUUUCCAUGGCAGAGAUAACCAAACAGUUGAUGGAUGGUCACUGGUUCUGUUUCCCGAAAGAGCCUACCCGGCUAUGACCCGUCCAUUAUAAGGCGAGGUACUGCCUGCAGUCCUGCGUGCCCAGAGACAUCUGUUCACCUGCUGGCGAACGUCUCCCUAAGGAGCAUAACUAAAAAGUGUUACAACACUGUUUAUGUUCUUUGGUUAACUGGCCUUUCCCAAAGUGGUUUCAUUUUUUGAAGAAAUGUGAAGAACAUGGCCUUCAGAGCCAUGUAAAUCCCCCUCUUCAGCACUCAGGAAGCCCAGCGACCUUGAACUAGUGACUUGCCCUCCCCAGCCGGUUUCCUCUGUGUACAAUGGAAAAUAGGACCUCGUGGUGGUGUGGGAGUUCAGAUUAUACAGUCAGCACUUCAUGUUGGCCCGUUUAUGUUUUCAUUCCCUUAUGUGAGCAAACUCAGUACUAGCUAACUUCUUCUUUCUAGUUAAUAUGGUAGAGUGCAGGGUUACAAACUUGCAGGGCUGGAGUUAUUCAGCCGUCAUGUCCUUGGCCAUGUCAGCUGUCUCCAAUUCGUCCAAUUAUAGAACAGCGCUGUGAUGAACUUUCUACAGGCAUGUCCAGCAGCCGUAUGAAUUAUUUUCUUAGGCCGGGUUCCCACUGGGCCAGAGGGUCCUUUCUAAGCCGCUCGAUAACGCUGGAGGCGUCUAUAACGCAGGAGGCGAACCAAGAAGUUGAUUUCCGGUUGCCCUUAGUAAAGAUGGCGGAAAGACCGGCGUCACCGCGGUCAAGCUGCAGCGUUGAUGCCCUCGCUCAACAUGGCGGCCUAUUGUGCCCGCCCCCUUGGCUGUCUCCUGUCCGGCGACUGGGAGAUUCUGUCCCAAUGGCGGCGGCGAUGGCGGCUUCUCUCAGACUCCGCAACCUACUGAUGCGGCGACUGACAGCCCCCACCCACCUGGGUCUCAACCUCAGCCUUCGCCCUCUGGGCUCCUCUGCACAAGAGAAGUCCUCCAGAGCAGCACCCAGUGAAGCCCCAGACCACAGCUAUGAGUCCCUUCGAGUGACAGCUACCCAGAAACACAUUCUGCACGUGCAGCUAAACCGGCCAGAGAAGCGGAAUGCCAUGAACAAGGCCUUCUGGAGGGAGAUGGUGGAAUGCUUCAACAAGAUAGCGCAAGAUCCUGACUGUCGGGCUGUGGUGAUCUCUGGUUCAGGAAAAACUUUCACUGCAGGUAUCGACCUCAUGGACUUCGCUUCGGACCUCCUUCAGCCCCAGGGAGAAGAUGCGGCCCGCAUCAGCUGGCACCUCCGCAGGCUCAUCGCCGGAUACCAAGAGACCUUCAGCGUCAUCGAGAAGUGCCCCAAACCGGUGAUCGCAGCCAUCCACGGGGGCUGCAUUGGCGCAGGCGUGGACCUCAUCACUGCCUGUGACAUCCGCUACUGUGCCCAGGAUGCUUUCUUCCAGGUGAAGGAGGUGGACAUAGGUUUGGCGGCCGAUGUGGGAACCCUGCAGCGCCUGCCCAGAGUCAUUGGGAACCAGAGCCUGGUCAACGAGCUGGCCUUCACCGCCCGCAAGAUGAUGGCUGACGAGGCCCUGGGCAGUGGGCUGGUCAGCCGGCUGUUCCCAGACAAGGAGGCCAUGCUUGAUGCCGCCUUCGCCCUGGCGGCCGAGAUUUCCAGCAAGAGCCCGGUGGCGGUGCAGGGCACCAAAAUCCACCUGCUCUACUCCCGUGACCAUUCGGUGGCCGAAGGCCUCAACUACAUGGCGUCCUGGAACAUGAGCAUGCUGCAAACCGAGGACAUCGUUAAGUCCUUCCAGGCCACGAUGGAGAAGAAGGAACUGAAGAGCGUCACCUUCUCCAAGCUCUGAGACCCCCCGCGUCGCCGGCCCUAACCCCGGGUCUGGCCUUGAUCCACCUCGUGCCUGUGUUUCCUCAUCCACAGAGGAAGGCCUGGUGAAGAUGGUCGCCUCGCCGCCUUCUCAGCCACCCUCCCCGUUUAUAACUUUAUGACACUGAUUUCCUCAUCUUAUCUUUGCCUUACGAACAAUAAAGCAAUGUAAAGAA